AUGGUUUUGAAAGCCUUUCAGAUCCGUCUGAGAGAAAAUCGGCAGGAGUGUGGUGAUGACGACAUUGAGGCACAGGAAGAAGGGCUCUUGUUAAAGGUCAUGGAGCUGGUUGUGACCCUUGAGGAAGUUGCCGUGUACUUCUCCAGGACAGAAUGGCUCCUCCUUGAUGAGUCUCAGAGACGCCUGUACUUUGAUGUCAUGCUGGAGAACUAUGCUGUUGUAUCAUCUCUGGGUUGCUGCUGUGGACCAACGGUUGUGGAGGCACCCACUGAACAGAAUGUUACUGUAAGAGUCUCAGAGGCUGUGAAUCUGAAGUCAGCGCUGUCUUCCCAGAAAAGCCACCCAUGUGAGCGUUGUGGGUGUGUCUUAAGAGACAUUUUACUCUUGCUUAACCAGCAGGGCAGCCAACAAGUCCCAACUCUGCUGAGGUGCGGGGCAUGUGCAGAACCAUUUUCUUUCAGUGCACAGAGUCACCAGCUCCAGGAGCAGGACACAACGCAGAAUUGUUUCAUAAGCAGUGUGAACAAGGUCUCCCUUGCAAACAGCUCUAAUUCCGAUGUGUCGUGGAAGCCUUGUACAUCAGGUCAGGUUGAAAAUUGCUUCCUCAUCACCUCCAAACAUCUUGAAAAAUUGGCUGCCUUCACCAUGAAUAGGGGAAAUGAAAUUUCUAGGUCUGAAAUGGCUUUUCAAACUCCAAAUUAUUACACUGCAACAGAACAUCAAGCCAGUGGCUGUGAUGACAGACUUGCUGAAGACCAUAGUUUCCUUACUAGAAGACGGUGUUUUUUGUGUUGUGAAUGUGGAAAGUCUUUUUCCAGAAUCUCUGCCCUCCGUAUUCAUCAGAGAGUUCACACAGGAGAAAGGCCUUAUAAAUGUGGUACCUGUGGGAAAUCUUAUAUUCGUAGCUCUGACCUCCGUAAACAUGAGAAAAUUCACUCUGCAGAAAGACCUUAUGUGUGCACCAAAUGUGGGAAGUCUUUUAAGCAAAGAAGUACCCUUAAUGCUCAUCAGAGAGUUCAUACUGGAGAAAGGCCUUACAAGUGUGGUAAAUGUGAAAAAUCUUUCACCAGUAAACCUGUCCUCUUUUUUCAUCAGAGAGUUCACACUGGAGAAAGGCCUUACGUGUGUGCUGAAUGUGGGAAAUGUUUCAACACCUCCGGUAUCAUCGCAGAAUUCAUACCGGAGAAAGGCCUUAUGUGUGUGGUGAAUGUGGGAAAUCUUUUUCUCAAAACUUUACCCUCCAUCGUCAUCAGAAAAUUCACACUGGAGAAAGGCCUCAUAAGUGCGGUGAUUGUGGUAAAUCUUUUACCCAUAGAUCUGACCUGCGUAAACAUCACAGAGUUCACACUGGAGAAAGGCCUUAUAAGUGUAGCAAAUGUGAGAAAUCUUAUACCACUUGCUCUUCUCUCCAUUAUCAUCAGAAAGCACACAAUUGAGAAAGACCAUAUGAGUGCAGUGAACAUGGAAAUCUUGUACCUGUAG